AGGGCGUGUAGUAAUAUGAAAAAUCAUGUUUUUGUAUAUAAGAACUUUAUACUUGAACAUUAGACCACUUAAGGAUAAAUUAUCUAUCAUCUGUAAAUGUACAUACAACUAUAUGCACAAAGACAAUAAAGAUCAUUGAGAUAUAAAUCAUGAAAGAGGGGCGAAAGAUACCAGAGGGACAUUCAAACUCAUACAUCGACAUGACAAAUUACUAUAACUCCACUUUUUAAUUGGCCAAAACUGAACCCGAAUGGAGGCAACAUAUAUUGGGCUUCUGAUGGAUAUUUUGAUGGCGUUUGAUUUAACAAACGGAACUUAUACCAGUUUGAGUGAAAUAGAACACAAAAGAUUUCUGGACCAAGGGAUUCCAGCUACAGUAUGCCUUAGUUUCUUGUGUAUCAUAGGAACAAUUGGAAAUAUACACAUGAUAUUGAUACUCAAGAUAUCGCCAAUCAUGGCAAAAUAUUCGAUUCGAGUUUUCAUCAUUUUGCUUUUUUUAACUGAUCUUAUAGCAUGUUUUUAUGCCAUUUGAAAUUUAUAAUAUUCGAUACAGCUACACCACAUCUACCAGUGGUUGCAAAUUCUUCAUGGUCCAAAAGACAAACAGACACAUAAUAGUACACAAAACACAACAUAGAAAACUGAAGACUAAGCAUCACAAACCCCACCAAAAACUAGGGGUGAUCCCAGGUGAUUCGGAAGGGUAAGCAGAUCCUGCUCAACAUGUGGCACCCGUCGUGUUGCUCAUGUUACAAAUGUAUUACAAACUAGGUAAAUAGUCUAACUUGGUAGGUCAUAUUCGUGAAAAAGGGAAGAGGAUUGUAGUUAUGACAUAAGGAACAUAUCCGAUAUCAUCUAUGAAAUGGUUAUUCCAUAACGAUCACCCAACUCGUAAUGGCGUCCGUAAAAAUCUACGAAGGGAUGAUUUCAAGUAGAAACACACACAAUGGUUCCAUUUUCAUUAUUAAUUUACUUUUCCUCACGUUUCUUAGUAUAUUGUUGUAAAUCGGAUGGCAGCCAAUUUCACAAACGGAACUCUUACAUAUUUGAGGGAAAUAGAAUACCAAAGAGUUCUAGAAAAAGAUAUCCCAGCUACACUAUUUCUCAUAUUUCUGUCAGUCAUAGGUACAAUUGGAAAUAUACACACGAUAUUGGUAUAUAUAUAUAUAUUAUCCACGAUCAUGGCAAAAUAUUCGGUUCGAGUUUUUAUCAUUUGGCUUGCCUUUAUCGAUCUUACAGCAUGUGUAUUUUGUAUGCCUUUUGAGAUUUUCGAUAUUCGAUACGACUACACAUUUUCAUCUGUCGGUGCUUGCAAAUUCUUCAAAUUUCUAAUUCAUGUUGUUACAGGGGCUUCCAGCAUAUUAUUGACUACAAUUGCCAUUGAAAGAUAUAGAAUAUUUGUCAAAAAUGAACCGAUACUAAUUACAAAUUCACAAAGGUCGAAUGUCAUAUCUUCUGUUCUCGUAGGAUUAUGCAUGAUAUUGUCAAUCCCAGUAUUAAUAUAUUAUGGUGUGAACGAAAUAGAAACAAACAUUUUUGGUCUAAUGGGUGAGGAAUGCAAACUUCAUCCAAUGUAUAAAAAUAUAGAAUAUUUAGGAAUUUAUUACAGUAUAACAUUAUUUAUAGGUUUAGUUUGCGUUGUUAUGUGCAUAGUUUCAUAUGGAAGAAUACUGCAAGAUAUUUGUACUCGAAAAAAAUGGAGGAAAUCAAUAAGAAAGAGAUCGGUUUCGUCUUUGAAUUCAACUUCGGAUAUAAGAUCGGGUACCACUCAAAUAACAUCAACUAUUCAAAAUGAGGCGGUAAAAUUAAAUAAAUUGCAAGCUGGAACCUGUGACAGGGCAAACAAAAAGUCGACUCGUUCAUCGCACAAUCUUGGAAAUGCGAUUCGACUAACCAUUAGCCUCAUGAUAGCAACCGCUGUAUCCUACAUAGGAAAUAUGUUAUAUGUUUUCACGAAAAUGGUCCAUAUAUUGAAUCCUAAGAUGUAUAAAAACAGUAUCCGGCCAGUCUCCGAUAUCAUAGGGCGCGGAUUUUUUGUUAACAAUGCAACUAAUCCUGUAGUUUUUUGUCUUUUGGAUAGAACUUUUCGACAGGAAUGCCUGAAAUUGUAUGGGAAGAUAUGUUCUGAGAAAAAUAAUUCACCGGAAUAAAAAUGAUAAAACCUUCUAUGAUUCAUAAUUUGAUACAGCUUAUAUGCCUAUAUUUUGUGUGACAGGAUUGCAAAAGAGGUAUUCUACUUAACCAGAUUAGCGCAUUCU